AUGAUACCCGGCGAACCGGAAACUCAGCAGACGACGGCUUCUCCCAGUGUAGAGCAAAGAAUGUCUGCUCUCUCACCCCAGUUGCGGCGUUCUCGCCCGGGCCACGUUCAGACUACCUUCAACUCCAACUCACAACCGGUCCACGUAGCGGAUUCCGAAAUUAGCGCGUCCUCGGCAGCUUCUAGCUCACAGCAGGGAUCACCAAUCAUGUCUCCCGGUGCUGCCGUCUUGACGACGAACUCAUCAAUUCAGGCUUCGCCCGAACCCCUUGGAUCACGGGAUGAUGAUCAGUUCUCGGCCAGCUUUCAACUUCCAGACUCGAUCUUGACUCACAAGACAAGCAACAAUUCCCUGAGCAGGAGCUGGGUUAGUAGCACUAGCCCAAUUGUAGAGGUGGCGGUUCCGGAACUCAGAAGUAAUAGUGUAUCUGCCACAUCCAUUGGCACUGCACCCACUGCCACGACCAGCAAGGGGAACUUGAUUCGCAGAUUGUCCAGCCGAGCCUCAAGGAGACUGACCAGUAGCAGAAGGAGACAGUCUUCUGCGACGCCCGCCAGCCGAGAUGGGAGCAUUGGCCCGUGUUUCUUGCGGCGGCGCAGCGACAGCAACAACACCGCUCCUCCCGACUACGUCCCUACACCUUCAACCGACUCGGAAUCUGACCUGGACGAGAGAGAUGAUCUCAUGUCGAUUAAAUCCUCAUUCCUGGACCAAAUCCCCAAAGGUUCUUCUGCGAACAGCACGACGGGCUCCAUUUCGGGCAGUGCUAACAACAUGGCCGGCCCAGUCAUCCCUUUGCAGUUGCAGCGUGGCACAUGGUUGAGGAAGAUCUCCAAGAAGAAUCGAUCCAAACGCAUCUGUCUCGUUUACGAACGAGAAACAAACAAGCUUGUUUGGGACCAAGCUCGUCCUCACAAGUUUUUACAUGUUGAUGAAAUCAGAGAAAUUCGAUUUGAGUCUGACAUCCAGCAAUACGCUAGAGACUUCAAUAUUCCUGAGCCAGAACGAUUGACCUGGUUCACGAUUCUCUACACUAUGCCUGACAAGUCUAAAUCGAAACUCAUGCAUCUUAUGGCCGACAGCGUAGAAACAACUAACCUCUGGAUUAACUUUCUCGACGCCAUGAUGAGACACAGACAGGACGUUAUGACGGCAUUGAUGACCUUCAACGACAAAGCCAUCCAGCAGUAUUGGCAGUCUGAAAUGACGAAAAAAUUUGGCGACAGUCCCCGGAAUGAGGAACAGGAAGAGCUCGACAUUACCGGUGUAAUGCGAGUAUGUCAGAAUCUACACAUUUAUAGCUCACAAUCUACUCUUCAGGCCAAUUUCAGGCUCGCCGACGCGCGCCACUGCGACGCUCUUAGAUUUCAGGAAUUCUUGGACUUUGUUCGACUUAUGCGUCAGAGACCGGAUGUGCAGCGCCUCAUUCGAAGCAUCGCUGCCAAGCCUGGCAAGGGCCUGACAUUUGCGGAAUUCCUAUCCUUCCUCAAAGACUACCAAGGUGAAGACGUCGAAGCCAACAAGACCACUUGGGAGAGGCAUUUCAAUAAGUUUGUCCGCAAAUACCGAUCUGACGAUUUGGCGGGGCUGGGCAUUUUGCAAGACGACUUAUACAUGUCCGAAGCCGCAUUCAUUGGGUUCUUGUCCUCGCGGCAAAGUGGCCCUCUAGUGGAGGAGCCUCAACAAUACACGUUGGAUCGCCCCAUGAACGAGUACUUCAUCUCCAGUUCUCACAAUACCUACCUCCUUGGUCGACAAGUCGCUGGUCAAUCCAGCGUUGAAGGAUACAUCCGCGCACUUGCUCAGGGAUGUCGAUGUGUCGAAGUGGACUGCUGGGACGGUUCUGACGGUCAGCCCCAAGUGGUCCAUGGACGGACUCUUACAUCGGCCAUCAGUUUCAAGGAGGUCAUGACCACCAUCAACAAGUAUGCGUUUGUCAAGUCCAGUUUCCCUCUCUGGAUCUCUCUCGAGGUUCAUUGCAGCCCUUCCCAACAAGCCUUGAUGGUUGAUAUCAUGAAAGAUGCUUUCGGGUCAAGGCUGGUGACAGAGCCCCUGGACCCUUCGUCGGACAAACUACCGUCUCCAUCGGAGUUGAUGGAGAAGAUUCUCAUCAAGGUCAAGAAGCCACGAGGCGGAAGAGAUGAGACCCUCCCAGCGGAACCAACCGGCCGACGACGUGGAAGCAGCUUGAGCUCGCCAGUUUCAAAGCCAGCUGUUCCAGACAGCGGCGCCUUUUCACCUUCGCAGUCAGUCCCCCAGAGCCCCCUUUUGCCCGCCUCCAACCAGGCCCGAAGACUGGUCAGCAAAAGUCGUGUCAAUACCAUCGCAGAAGGCGAGGUGCACGACAUCCCGAGCAGUAGCACGAGCGACAAUGAGAGUGGAAGCGAAAUGGGCGGCUCUAUCCGACGGUCACAAAACAAGACGACGCGGUACCUUGGUGCGCUUGGUGUAUACUGCGCCGGAGUCAAGUUCUUUGGUUUUGAAGAUCCCGCCGCCAAAACUUUCAACCACAUCUUCUCGUUUAUGGAGACCAGUUUCGCCAAGCACUCACGGACCAAGGAUGCCAAGAUGGCACUCGACAUUCACAACAUGCGGUACCUGAUGAGAGUUUACCCCGACGGUCUGCGACUGGCUUCGAGCAACUUUGAUCCUCUGAUUUAUUGGCGCCGCGGUGUGCAGAUGGCAGCGCUGAACUGGCAAACUUUUGACUCGGGCAUGCAGCUCAACAAUGCCAUGUUCCAAGGCGGCAAGGAUGAGUCGGGAUACGUUCUGAAGCCUGAUGAGCUCCGUGACAUCCAGAUUCAGCCAUACAAUUCUGCUAUUGCCGAAGGCAAGAAGGAAAGAUCUGUGGUGAGGUUUGCCAUUGAGGUUAUUUCGGCCCAGCAGCUUAUGAGGCCCGCGAACCUCGCCGCCAACAAGUCGAUGGAUACUUAUGUUGAAGUGGAGAUUUUCCAUGCCAACGAUAAACGAGACAAAAAGGAAAUUGGCUCAUGGCUGACCCACGCUCUUGAUUCGCCGCUCAAGUUCCAGACGGAUGUAGUACGCGAGAACGGCUUCAAUCCCGUGUUUACCGGUGGCCCGUUCAAGUUUACUGUGACCACGAAGCACCCAGAGCUGAUCUUUGUGCGCUGGUCUGUCAAGCUAGCCAGCUAUGGGGAGAGUUACAACAGCAAAGAAGGCUCGGCCAUUGCCACGUACACGGCGAAACUCAAAAACCUCAAGGGGGGGUACCGCACUAUACCACUCCACAACCACGCAGGGGAUCAGUAUUUAUUCUCGACACUGUUCUGCAGGAUAAAUGUCGAGCCCAUUGAAACAAAACUCUUCGAUAUUGCUACUCCGGUACAGGACGGCGGUAAGCUCAACCGCUUCGGUGGCAAGGUGUUUGGCCGGACCAACACGAGUCCUCGCAGCACGUUUGAGAAGAGCAUUACGGAAAAGAACAGCUUUGACAACCUCGUCUAG